ACCCGGACUACUGUCAUGAGGUGGAAAAAAGUGUCAGCCAUCUUCUUCUUGGUGGUGCUGUACCUCAUCAUUGGGGCGACUGUGUUCAAGGCACUGGAGCAGCCUCAUGAGAGUCUCCAGAAACUGGCCAUCCUUGAAGAAAAACUGAAAUUUCUGAACACACACGACUGCGUUAACUCUUCUGAGCUGGAGGAUCUGGUCAAGCAAGUGGUUUUAGCAGUCCGAGGAGGUGUGAACCCAUCAGGAAAUUCAUCCAAUCAGAUGAGCCUCUGGGACUUCAGUUCUUCAUUUUUCUUUGCUGGAACUGUCAUCACCACCAUUGGAUUUGGGAACAUCUCUCCUCACACAGAGGGUGGGCGGAUCUUCUGCAUAAUAUAUGCUCUGCUGGGGAUUCCUCUAUUUGGAUUCUUAUUGGCUGGUGUUGGAGACCAGCUGGGGACCAUUUUUGGGAAGGGCAUCGCCAAAGUAGAGAAGAUGAUUGUGAAGGGGAAAGUCAGCCAAACGAAGAUCCGUGUCAUCUCCACGCUGCUCUUCAUCCUGUUCGGGUGUCUUAUCUUUGUAGCCUUGCCAGCAGUCAUCUUCAAGCACAUCGAGGGCUGGAGCACGCUGGAGUCCAUCUACUUUGUCGUCAUCACCCUAUCCACGAUUGGCUUCGGAGACUUUGUUGCUGGUGAAAAAGUUGGUUUAGAGAGUCCAGAGUAUCUUAACUACUACAAGCCGGUGGUGUGGUUCUGGAUCCUGGUGGGCUUGGCUUACUUUGCUGCAGUUCUCAGUAUGAUCGGAGACUGGUUCCGGGUCAUCUCCAAGAAAACUAAAGAGGAGGUUGGGGAGUUUCGGGCGCACGCAGCUGAGUGGACAGCAAAUGUGUCAGCAGAGUUCAAAGAGACCCGGCGGCGGCUCAGCGUUGACAUCUAUGACAAGUUCCAGCGUGCAGCAUCUAUCAAGCGCAAGCUGUCAUCCGAGCUGGGCAUUAACAUGUCCAUCAACCAAGAAAUGACCCCUGGCAAGAGAACACUGUCGGUCAACCUGUGCGAGGACAGAGAGGUUUACCCCAACUUGACUCUCUCCCUCAGUCCUGUCUCGGGGGCCCUUUCCAGGAAUGGCAGCCUCUACCUAAACGGUCUGAGCCCAGACUAUGCUGACCAGCGGGAGAUUGCUAUCAUUGAAAAUCUCAAAUGUGGAAACUGA